AUGAAAUUAAUAAAAUAUGUUUGCACAGAAUGUGGGCCACAUGGCAGAUUUGAAUACUGUAUUGACGGAAUACCAGGAUGUAUCGUCGGAUGCCAUUGCCAUCCGGGCUACUAUUUUGAUACAGAAACAAAAGUAUGCGAGCCUAAUACCAAGCUUAGAAUGGACUACAGAAGACAAUUUCAGUCAGAGCCCACGCCGACUUUUGUCACCGCAACUGAUCCGAGCCCCACACCCACAACGACAGCAAGUUUAAUAGAUAGAAAUGUCGAGGCUAUAGCUAAAGAUGCCGAUGACCUCGGAGACUGGUUGUACAAUCAAUUCUUCAAAACAAUUGAGAAUCAAGUGAUAAACAAAACAGAUGAAGAGAAACAACCAACCAGAAGAAGCGGUUCCAACGCAGAAGCCGGUAUAAGCCAACGCAAACUUGGUAUCACAGGUAAACCGACGCGAAGAAGUAAUACCCCCCAGCGAAGGAAUCGUCACAAACAUAGCAAAAGAUCCUCAAAGAAAAAACAUUCAAGAAAAUCUUUAAAAAAGAAAUUAUUACGGAUAUCUGAAGACGAUAGUUUAUUUGAUUCCAGUUCAGACGAUUCUAGUUCGUCUAGUUCCUCUUCAGCGUCAUCAGAUAGUGAUUCUAGCUCGGAAGAGCGUUCGAAAGAUCAUGGUCGCAAAAUUCUCAUGAUUAAUAAAAAGCCAACGGUCCCAUUGCCGUCCUUCAUCUUCAUGCCCAACAUGGAAACUCCAUAUUUCCCUCCAUUAGGUCUGCCGGCCCCUCCACCUGCCCCUAUGCCUAUGUAUCCAAUGAUACCAAUACCACCUGUGAUGCCAUAUCCAAUGAUUUCAAUGAGUUCAUCAACGUCGGGUACAGAAGCUCCACAUACUACUGAUGCUCCUCAUACAACAAACCCACCUCAUAACACAGAAACUCCCAACAAAACGGAAUCCCCUGAACCCGAAGAAAAUAAACCUGAUGAAGAAAAACCAGAAGAAGCAGCGCCGGAAGUACGCCGUGGAUACGGUAGAAAAUCAGGCAAAGGUAUAUUCCGAAACAGAGGUAAUCAACGACCAAAUGCAAAACAAAGAUUCAUGAAAAUGCUACAAGAAAAAAUGAAGAAAAAGUAUGAGAUGUCACAAAGGAACAACUAUUUUCCACAAGAUUUUAAGGAUCCAGAAUUUGAACAUGGCCUAUCAGAAUUUGAGCCGAAUAUGCCUUUAGAAUACGAACAAAAUGGUAAUUCGGAAUUCACGUAUUCGGAUACACAUCCUGAUCCAGAACUUGGGCCUUACAAUCAUAACGUCAAUUUCAAAUACUUAUCACAACUUAUUCACAAAAUGAAUAAAACUGAUUUCAAUCCAACUUUACAGCCACAAUCAAUAAAACUUCCACGCCAAAAUCCAUCACAGACUCCUAACUUGAUUCUAAUCCCUAAUAAUAAUCGAAGUCCUAAUCAAAUCCCCAAUUUAGAUCCAAAUAGAAAUUCAGAUCCAUAUUCGCAUAUAGAUAUGGCUUCACUUAACGUGGUCAAUGGACCAAACCGUAGACUCGGUAACACCGCGAUGCGUAUAGUGAAUAAUACGGCGAAGGAUGAUUAUGCUGAUCUAGGAAGACAAAUAGCUGCACUUGUUCGAAAAAUAGAGUCCAAAGGAGAUCAACAGGUUGACAUCAGCUUUGAAGGAGAGAAAUCUGAGGCAAAGAUCCCCCCAGUUAUGUUUAACGACAAUGGCAUGUCAUCUCGGUCCUACUGGGAGCGGUUUGCGAGAUCUCCGUUUAAAAUUCGUUUAGAUACAGAUUUUAGGCAUUUACACAGCAGUGAAGAACUGCAACAAAUACAGUUAAAUUUGGAAGAUCGAAUUAAUAAAGAAGCUACAACUCCACGAUCUUUAUCCUUACAACAGAUAGAGAACAGGAUUAGUGUCAUUCAAAGAAUAAAGUCAGCACAAGAUAAAGAAGAUCGAAAGCCGAAGUAUAGGAAACCUACAAAACUGAGGAUAUUGACACCAUUAAACAUAUUGCCUAAAAUAAAAAACAAAGUGACAUAUCAUCCGAAUCUUGUACAACAAAAUAAAACGAAAUCUUUAUAUGUAGCUACAACUCAAGCCAAGAAGCCACUUCCAAUUAAGUUAAAUUUGACUAUGCCUUAUCAUUCUGAACAUAUACCUAAGGGGCUCAUGAAGGUCUCUGGAACACAUAACAAAGUCAAUAAAUAUGCGCAGCGGUUUAAGAUUCCUCUAAGUAGCCCGAACGACUGCAUGGUUCCAAUUGAAGUAGCGCUUAGUGCAGAGGGAUGCAUGCAUGAUGCGGGCGAGUGCAAGCUUGCAGACUGUUUGCCAUCAACGAAUGAGCCCGGGCGAAAGAGAUGCGAUUUCAAAUUUGGCCGGUUAUUCUGA